AUGACGACUCAAGCGUCUGGUUCCGCUAAAUCAGCUCACACUACACGGUUAGAUGGUGGAUUGAAAGCCUGGCUGCAGGUGCUGAGCUCAUUUUGUGUUUUCUUUAACACUUGGGAUCUGGUGAACUCAUUUGGUGUAUUUCAAACCUUCUAUCAAUCCGAUUUGCUUCGUUCACGAACUCCGUCCAAUAUCUCAUGGAUAGGCUCGGUCCAGACGUUUCUUAUUCUAGUUGGUGCCGCGUUAGUUGGCCCACUAUUCGAUAGAGGUUAUCUGCGCACUUUGAUUCGUGUAGGAAGCCUUUUAGUCGUCUUUGGCACGGUAAUGGUCAGCUUAUGCACAGAAUAUUGGCAAUUAUUUCUUGCUCAGGGUGUCACUGUUGGCCUAGGACUUGGAUGCCUCUUCCUACCAAGUGUAGCAGUAAUAGCACAUUAUUUCGUAAAGAGAAAAAGUGCUGCCUUGGGUGUUGCAUCGGCAGGGGGAAGCUUAGGUGGAAUAUUAUAUCCUAUUGUGUUCCAACAGCUUGAGCCUCGUGUUGGCUUCCCAUGGGCUAUGCGCAUCAUGGGAUUUAUGAUCCUUGCCAUACUCAUUGUACCUAUAUGCUUUCUAUCCGUUCAACUUCCACAUUCAGCAAUCAAACGUCCCUUUUACGACAAACGGGCCUUCACAGACCGUCCAUACAUGACUUUCUGUGUAGGACAGUUCUUCGGUCUCAUGGCGGUAUAUAUCACACUUUUCUACAUCCAUCUGUACGCCCUCGAGCGGACGGAUACCCACCCAACGGUGUCCUCUUAUCUGUUAUCAAUUAUCAACGCUGCUUCUAUAGCAGGCCGUCUCCUUCCAAAUUUUGUAGCAGACAAAAUCGGUCCACUUAAUGUCCUCAUCCCACUCACUGGUGGUGCUGCAGUUCUUACCUUUGGCUGGAUCGGCAUUCAUAGUGGCGCGGGGCUCAUCAUCUUCUGUGUGCUUUAUGGCUUUUUUCAAGGCCCAUUUGUGUCACUCCCUCCAACCAUUGUUGCUACGCUAUCUCCAGAUUUGCGAAGUAUUGGUGUGAGGCUCGGCAUGAUGCUCGCGAUUUCCGGUUUUGGGUCACUGAUAGGCGAACCAGUUGCAGGUGCUAUUCUACUGAGGCCAAAUGGGUGGAUGUGGCUUCAGAUUUGGUGUGCAGUGCUUUUUGUGGUCUCUGGUGUAUUUUCCGUGAUCAGCAAGCAUCUGGUAGACGGUAUGAAGAAAAAGGAUCAGAUUUUAGUAUCUUCCGAGGGCUCGAGAGAGCCUACUGUUGUGGUUGAGCAAGAUAUGAAGCGAUGA